CGUGUUCGGACCGUGCUCGCGAGAACAGUCCUUGGCCUAUUGCCGCAUACCGGCCGGUGAUGUGAAAGAGACGUGCUCCUCGCCGACCUUGCGGAUCAUGACCAGACAGCAGCAGUAGGUGUAACUCAGGGCACAGCCGGACAAACAUACAAACACGAAACACGCAGAAUGAGACGUUUGAGUGGCAUGGCCGUGCGCAGCGUGGUGCUCGUGGUGCUUUUGACACGGUUUUCGCACGCCCAGUCACCGCUGGACGAACUCAGCGAGGUCGACAAGCCAAUUCCGACGACCAACGUGCAAGGGGUGCUCGGCCGACGGGGCGCGCUGCCCUGUGAUAUAGAACCUCCGAAGCAGUCUGACAUUGUGCACAUGGUGCUCUGGUUCAAAGCGGCCGACGGUGGAGAGCCUUUGUACAGCUAUGACUUGCGCGGCAGAAAAGGCAGCAACAACCCGAAACUCUGGUCUUCUCCAAACGGCUUCGGUCCACGUGCUCGUUUCCAAACAGAAACUACGCCAGCCGUGCUGCAAGUGGACUCCCUGACAACGGACGACGAGGGCCUGUACAGGUGCAGGGUUGACUUCAAGAACUCACCAACACGAAACCUCAAAAUAAACCUCACUGUCAUUGUGCCCCCUGAGAGACCGGUGAUAUUCGAUGCCAUACGACGUGACCGCACCAAGAUCCUGGAACCAUACAACGAGGGAAGCGACGUCCACCUUAUUUGUGAAGUGUCUGGAGGACGGCCGCGGCCCGAACUGAAAUGGUUCCUCGAGAACACGCUGAUCGACGACUCGUACGAGCACCGUCCUGGAGACCUCACCGUCAACCACAUGGUCUUCCCCAACAUCGGCCGACAGCACCUCAACUCGAGACUGAUUUGCGUUGCGAGCAAUACGCACCUGAACGAGCCAGCCAUGAAGGCGGUUGUCCUCGACAUCAACCUCAAACCGAUCGCUGUCAACAUUGUGACAAAGGAGAAGCACGUGUCCGCGGAUAAGAGGUACGAAGUCGAGUGCAAGGCUUCUGGCUCCAGGCCUGAAGCUGUCAUCACCUGGUGGAAGGGCAGCAGGCAGAUUAAAAGAAUUACAAAGAAUUUUGCCGAAGACGGCAACCACACCAUUAGUAUCUUGACAUUUGUCCCCGGAAUCGAUGACGAUGGCAAAUACCUGACGUGUCGCGCUGAAAAUCCCUCGAUCCCCGAGUCAGCCCUCGAAGACAAGUGGAGACUUGACGUGCAAUACGCACCACUUCUGACCCUCCAAAUGGGCAGCACGUUGAACGCGGACGACAUCAAGGAGGGCGAUGACGUCUACUUCGAGUGUCAUAUCAAGGCCAACCCGAAAAUCUACAAGAAGAUCUGGCUACACAACAAUCGCGAGAUUGUGCAGAACGUGAGCGCUGGUGUGAUCAUCAGCGAUAACAGCCUCGUCCUACAGGGUGUCACGAGGUUCAACGCUGGCUACUACACGUGCAUAGCCUCCAACUCGGAAGGCAAGGGCAGCAGUAAUCCUGUCGAACUGCGUGUUAUGUACGUGCCGACGUGCCGCGACGAGCGCGAGGAGCUGCUCGGCGCCCUGAAGCACGAGACCGUGGUGGUGCGGUGCGAGGUGGACGCCAACCCGCCCAUCGUCUCCUUCAGCUGGACGUUCAACAACUCGGGCGACGUGGCCGAGGUGCCGCACUCCAAGACUACCAGCGACGCCACCACCAGCCGGCUCAACUACACGCCCGUCGCUGACAUGGACUACGGCACCCUCGCCUGCUGGGGCACCAACGCGGUCGGACGUCAAAGGACACCUUGCAUCUUCCAGGUCGUGGCUGCAGGUCGUCCGUUUCCUCUGACGAACUGCAGCAUAUCGAACCAAACGGUGGACACCCUGACCGUGGACUGCGUUGAGGGCUUCGACGGUGGACUUCCGCAAUACUUCCACGUGGAGGUGCUGGAGAUGCCGGAGCGGAGGCUGCGCCACAACAGCACCUCAAGGAAUCCCAGCUUCACCCUGCACAACCUUGAGCCAGGACUGAAUUUCAUGCUGCAGAUGUACGCUGCCAACGCCAAGGGCCGCUCAGAGCCCACCACCAUCGAGGGGCUUUCGAUCAAGGGUGUGGCCAAAUUUGCAGGGAGUGCGAGCGUGUGGCCUGUGAACCCGCUGCUGGCCGCACUCGUGGUCACCGCCAUCCUGCUGCUGCUGGUCGUAUGCGCUGUGCUGGUUGCGCUCUACAAGCGCCACCAAAAGCCUUCGCGGGCCGGCUCCGCGGUGGUAUGCAAGGCGCCCCCGCCGUGCAAUAACGGUGGCGGCAUCGUCAUGGAAGCGCGCCGCGUCGACAACGACGAGAGCGCCGGACAGCUGCUGCCCACCGGCACCGCCGUCGGCGCCGCCGACGCAGACACCGACCCCGAUGUCAUCCCCAACAAGCACGGUACAACGGUGUUUGCAGAGCGGCGGCCGCUGAAGGGUUUCAUGAAAAUGUACAAAACGCCCCCGCAACGGCGGAGAAAAAAGGACGCUGCAGAGGAAAUGGUGGCGGCCGAACUGGAGGCGGCCGCGGAGGCUGACGCCGAGAUGAGCAUGGCGGCGGCUCACGAACAGCGGAUGCUUGGCUUGGCCUGCAGUGGAGCCUCCAUAAAUCAUCUAGCCAAUAACAUGCCGUUGACGGGGACGCUGAGCCGCGUGCACAAAGGCGUGAGUGCUAGUCCGACCAGCAGCAGUAACGACGACAGAUUGCUCAUAGACUCGCUGCAAGCGCUAGAGUUAGUGGCCUCCUCGCGGAUGCAGGAGUCGUGCAUUUAAGCCGCGUGCAAACGGCGAGCGUGCAUUUACCAAAGACGAAGUAAGAAAAAGAGAGAGAGAGUGCGGUUUUCAUUUCGCAGCAGCAGGUGAUGAAGAAACAAGAAGACUUUGACAUGCGUUCGAUUCAACCACAGAUGGAUCAGCCCCUUAGGUGUAAUUUUAUGUGAGGCCUAAUGGAAAGAAAAUUAGUCGUUUCUGUUCUCGAUUUUGUGUUCAGACGCGGCAUUUUUGCUGCACGUACACACAGCACACAGAUACAUGACACAAAACACAAACCAGUGUUCGACAAUUCGACCAGCCACUUUGGAACAGCACCGGUUGAAACUAGAUUUUUCUGGCAUUUUAGCAAGAAAUUUUGUAAUUUGAGCCAUAGAUCUGUUUAAAAUUUUAAAUAUGCUGAGGCAGACUUAAAAGAUUUGAACGUAGAAAAAUGUAAUUUGAUAUUAUAGAGCUAAAAAUUGUGCAAAGCAGAGUGCCGUUGGAGUUUUUGGAAUCAGCCGUGGCGCAAGGCCGUCAGGAACUGGGAAAAAAGAGCGGCCAUAUUAUGACGUUUUGGGUGUUUAAGGUGAAUAGGCUGCGUGGAAUUUAAACUUCCCAACAAUUUUGCUUCCCGUCAUGCAGGUUGCUUACUCUGCACGGCGGUCUCCAUAACGUCAUCAAGUGUUAUGGCUGUUGAUGAUCAGGACACGCCCUGAUUUUUGUUCCUCACUGAUAUUUUGGUUUAAAAGGCAUGGACAACAAAAGACACCCAAAAAUCACUUUAAAAAUUGACUCAUCCUAAUUUCUGCCACCCUGAAAAAUGAUGGAGUCACAAUAUGGCCGCUCUGUUUGUUCAGCACUUGUUUGCAAAAGUGGAGGACGAUUGAAAAAAUUCCAACUUCACUAUGAUUCCCAGAAAAUUCAGCUUCACAUAUAAAAUCAUAUAUUUUUCCAACAUUCAUGUCCUUUAAGAAAAUCUUGGUCUAUUUGGAUAAUUCCGAAUUUCUACAACUCUGGUAAAAUCUGGUGUCUUCUCCGGGAAAGCCAACUUUUUUCGAACACUGACACAAACACACUGAGGGAGGAAUGUUUCGACGCCUCUUUGGCAUUUGAAAACGUGGCCAAAAAUAAAAAUUCGAAGCAAAGUUCAAACUGUUGCCAGCUUCAAAUGCCAAUGAGCAUUUCACUGUUUAAUUUUCUCUCUGAAAACCAAAUACAUGGUGACUGUAGACGCGCGCAAUUCCUGUACGAAAUUUUAACUGGAAAGUGUUUCUCAACUCGCAGCCCUCCCCUCGAUGGAGCUGUUAUAUUACUGUAAUCGCGCAACUGUGCCCUCGUUCGGGGGUCGCAUUCGAGCUGUUGGUUCUCUAAUCUCUAUUUAACGGUUACAAAAGCGGCGCCUCCGGUUCGUUCGUUCGCGGAGGCAGAGGCGUUUUUACGCGGCUGAUCACGCGCCAAAGUGUAAAUGUGUGAUAAUUUAUUAUAUACAUGACGCAUAUUAACUGUAAAUACUAACUCAGACGCGCGACAGAGGAUUCUUGUACAUAACUACCUACGAUUUAAAGAAGAAGAAAACCCUCCUAUAUAUCUGUAAGUUAUUGAUAUGUUGUAAAAAUAAAGAGAAAAUCAUGUUUUAU